CCGGACUCAGCCGAAGAGGAGGAAAGGGUCAUGGCAGACAACUCUACCGACGGAGCCUCCGUGCCUCAACCCCCUUUCCAUGUGGCCGACAUCGUUGUCAUCGUCGUCUAUUUUGCCUUGAAUGUGGCCGUGGGGAUAUGGGCCUCGUGCCGAGUGAGCACGGACACGGUGAGCGGAUAUUUCCUCGCGGGCAGGAAUGUGGCCUGGUGGCCGAUCGGUGCCUCCCUGUUUGCCAGUAGCGAAGGGUCCGGGCUGUUCAUCGGACUGGCAGGGGCGGGCGCUGCGGGCGGCCUGGCAGUGGCAGGCUUCGAGUGGAACGCUACCUACGUGCUGCUGGCCCUGGCUUGGGUGUUCGUGCCCGUCUACAUCUCCUCAGGGGUGGUCACCGUGCCGGAGUACCUCCAGAGGCGGUUCGGGGGACAGAGGAUCCGGGUGUAUCUGUCCGUCCUGUCGCUCUUGCUGUCUGUCUUCACCAAGAUAUCGACGGACCUGUACUCGGGUGCCCUGUUUGUGCAGAUCUGCCUGGGCUGGAACCUGUACCUCUCCACCGUCCUGAUGCUGGUGGUCACAGCUCUCUACACCAUUGCAGGGGGCCUAGCCGCUGUGAUUUAUACGGACGCAUUGCAGACACUCAUCAUGCUAAUUGGCGCUGUCAUCUUGGCGAUUAAAGCUUUUAACCAGAUCGGGGGUUACCACCAGCUGGAGGCCACGUACAUGAAGGCCGCCCCAGCCAAGGUGGUCCCCAACACUACGUGCCACCUUCCCCGGCCCGACGCCAUGCACCUUUUCCGAGACCCCGUGGCGGGGGACCUGCCAUGGACCGGGAUGACGUUUGGCUUGACCGUCCUGGCCACCUGGUACUGGUGCACCGAUCAGGUUAUCGUCCAAAGAUCUCUCUCUGCCAAGGACCUAAACCACGCCACAGGGGGCUCCAUCUUUGCCAGCUACCUAAAGAUGCUGCCCAUGGUCCUCAUCAUCAUGCCGGGAAUGAUUAGCCGGGCCCUCUACCCAGAUGCCGUGGGCUGCGUGGAGCCGGCGGAGUGCUUGCGGGUGUGCGGUUCCGAGGUCGGCUGCUCCAACAUCGCCUACCCCAAGCUGGUGAUGGAGCUGAUGCCAAGGGGGCUGCGUGGGUUAAUGAUUGCGGUGAUGAUGGCGGCCUUGAUGUCCUCGCUGACCUCCAUCUUCAACAGCAGCAGCACUCUCUUCACCAUGGACAUCUGGAGGAGGCUCCGGCCCGGCGCCGGGGAGCGGGAAUUGCUGCUGGUGGGAAGGGUGGUCACUGUGGUCCUGGUUGGGGUCAGCGUGGUCUGGAUCCCCAUUCUGCAGAGCUCCAGCAGUGGCCAGCUCUUCGUCUACAUCCAGUCGGUCACCAGCUUCCUGGCCCCGCCCAUCACGGCCGUCUUUGCCUUGGCUAUCUUCUGGAGGAGGACCAACGAGCAGGGCGCCUUCUGGGGCCUGAUGGUGGGCCUGGCGGUGGGACUGACCCGGAUGAUCCUAGAGUUUGCCCAGCCGCCGCCACGCUGUGGCCUCCCUGACUCUCGACCGUCGAUCCUAAGAGACGUGCACUACCUCCACUUUGCCGCCCUGCUCUGCUUGCUCACCGUGGCCGUGGCCGUCGGGGUCAGCCUGCUGACUGAGCCCCCCAAGGACUCCCAGAUCAAAAAUCUCACCUGGUGGACUCUCUCUGGGCACUGCCAUCCCGGAGCCAUCUCCAUGCUGAACGGAAUCCUGGAAAACACCUCAACCAGGAGAACUACAGAUGGUGUUGAGGGUGGUGGUACCCUGAGGAGCCCGGCCCCCACGGUUCAUUCAGGGAGCGAAGAGCUCUCCCCUCCCAACGGCUGGAACCCCACCUCUGAAUCCGUCUUCUGGGCCCGGGUCUGCAACCUCAGCGCCCUCCUGCUGCUGUGCGUCAACGUCUUCUUCUAUGCCUACUUCGCCUGAUGGUGUUCGUUCCGAAAGAGCGCUGUUGGGAGUGGGAGAGGAGGGGAACGAAGAGGGGCACGAGAGAUUUGGUUCAGCCCAGUGCUCCUUAGAACGUGGAGAAGUCUCACAUUAAUUCACCCUGAUGGCACGCAACCCACGUCCUCCUGGUUCUCUCGGGAAUCACGUCUGGAUGCUCGGCUUUAAACUGGUUGUGGGUGUGGGGCACCGCGGGGGCCUCCUUAUCCUUCCUCCUGGCUGAAGUAGCUCCCAGAACCCCUUUAAGUGGUGGGCUUGGCCUCUUGGCACGGCCCUCCGAGUCUUGAUGCCCUCUAUUGUACCUCUGACAAGAACUGGAGAGACUUGGGGACCUCCACUCCUUAAACUGCUACCCCCACCCAUUGGCUCUUAGCUAAACACCCUGAACAAGCCAGGAGGACAUUUGGGGACUGGCUGACCGUCCUCCCCCUCCCCAGCCGGUCGUUGUCUUCCUCUCCCCUUCCAGCCAGCCAAUUCAGAACCGUUCUUGGCACGUAGUAAACGCUUAAUAAAUACCAUCAUUAUUAUCCUCUUCCCAAUUAGCUGUUAUUCCCCUACCCUGUCAGCUGCCCCUCAGCCAUCCUGCCCCCACCUGAGUAUUCUCCCACAGCACCCUGGUUGAACACGUUCCUCCAGCUCUGGGGCUAUCUGAGCCUGUCCACCUGCUGACAUGGAGGUUAGAGCUCUGACUGGAGAUUUGAACAGAAAAAUUGAUUCAUUAAAAUCCUAUCAGGUAACAAAAAUAAAAACUGUCCCCAAACACCUUUCUCUUUCCUCUCCCAUGUUCCCCAACACAGAACUCCUCUGAUUUCCCACAAGCACCCUGGUGCUGAUGGCCCCCUGGUCCAAAUUCCACUCAGCCCCUCUUAGGGAAUCCCGGAUUUCGGGAUCACCCACUGCAUGUCCUUCUCUGGGAGUUUUCAGAUGCCAGGGUGAAACUGCUACCACACCAAGGAUUCCCAGUCGAAACUUCUGCCACAGCAGGGUGGGAGCCUCGCUUCACUCUCUGAGGGUGGAUAUGAACCUCUGGACCUGAAACCUGGAGAAACUUUUCUUCUCUAGCUCACCCUCAGGGUCCCUCCAACCCAUCUCACUUAAAAUGGCUGAGGGCCUUCUUCUCCCUAAUUAACUAGCCCUCCACUCUCUUUCCUCUAGACUGUAAGCUCAUUAUGGGCAGGGAACGUAUCAGCUAAUUGUGCUGUAUUGU